GGAUCGGCAAAGAAAGUCAACGUCAACUUCCAAGACACUGACGGGUUCUCGGCUCUGCACCAUGCGGCGCUCAACGGCAACACAGAGCUCAUCUCGCUGCUGCUGGAGGCGCAGGCUGCGGUGGACAUCAAGGACAACAAAGGCAUGCGGCCCCUGCACUACGCGGCUUGGCAAGGCAAGAAGGAGCCCAUGAAAAUGGUGCUGAAAGCGGGUUCCUCGGUGAACAUCCCGUCGGACGAGGGCCAGAUCCCCCUGCACCUGGCGGCACAGCACGGGCACUACGACGUGUCGGAGAUGCUCCUGCAGCACCAGUCCAACCCCUGCAUCAUGGACAAUUCGGGGAAGACGCCCCUGGACCUGGCGUGCGAGUUUGGCCGGGUCGGGGUGGUCCAACUGCUCCUGAACAGCAACAUGUGCGCGGCGCUGCUGGAGCCCAAACCGGGGGACGCCACAGACCCCAACGGCACCAGCCCCCUGCACCUCGCCGCCAAGAACGGCCACAUCGACAUCAUCCGGCUCCUGCUGCAGGCUGGCAUCGACAUCAACCGGCAAACCAAGGCGGGCACGGCGCUGCACGAGGCGGCCCUCUGCGACGCCUCCGCCGCUCUGCAGGUCCGGGCUGUCAAGGACUAUUGCAACAACUACGACCUGACCAGCCUCAACGUGAAAGCCGGGGACGUCAUCACCGUGCUGGAGCAGCACGCGGACGGGCGCUGGAAGGGCUGCAUUCACGACAACCGGACCGGCAACGACCGCGUGGGCUACUUCCCCUCCAGCCUCGUCGAGGCCAUAAGCAAACGAACAGGGUCCCGCGGGGCUGACAUGAGCCCGUCCCACCUCUCACCGUCGCAGGGCGGAUCGGCCGCGCCGGCUCCCACGGAGGAGAUCUGGGUGCUGCGGAAACCCUUUGCAGGUGGCGACCGCAGCAGCUUGGGCAGCACGGGCAGCGUGGCCUCUGCCCGCAGCUCGGGGAGCGGGCAGAGCGCGGGCAGCGGGGCGCACGCCCUGCACGCUGGCGCUGAAGGUGUCAAGCUGCUGGCAACGGUCCUUUCCCAGAAGGCUUCUGCGCAAGAGACUGCCGUGGGCGAUGGGCCGGCCAAGGCGCAGGACAUCCCCGCAGGUUCGUCGCGGUCGCAGAGCGUGGCCAGUUCCCCAUACGCCCCCCAGCCCCCCACCGAGCCCCAGCUGAAGAAGAUGGAGCCGCCAUCAGAGGGGAAGAGCUCAGAGGCCGUGUACCAGUGGCUCUGCAAGUUCCAGCUGCAGCUCUACGCGCCCAACUUCAUCAACGCCGGCUAUGACAUCACCACCAUUAGCCGAAUGACACCGGAGGACCUCACGGCUAUUGGUGUCACCAAGCCGGGGCACAGGAAGAAGAUCGCCUCCGAGAUCAACAACCUCAACAUCCCCGAAUGGCUGCCGGAGUACAAGCCGGCCAACCUGGCGCUGUGGCUCUCCAUGAUCGGCCUGUCCCAGUACUACAAGGUGCUGGUGGAGAAUGGCUACGAGAACAUCGACUUCAUCACCGACAUCACCUGGGAGGACCUGCAGGAGAUCGGCAUCACCAAGCUCGGCCACCAGAAGAAGCUGAUGCUGGCGGUGAAGAAGCUGGCGGAGCUGCAGCGCGCCGAGCUGGGCAAAUACGAGCCCGGCACGCUGAAGAGGAAGGCGGCGGCAGCGGCGUGCCCAGAGGUCCUGGCCAUCGAGUCCCCCCCGCCGGAGCCGCCUGAGUGCCAGUCGCCCAAGAUGACCACCUUCCAGGACAGCGAGCUCAGCAGCGAGCUGCAGGUGGCCAUGACAGGCGAAGCCCCCGAGGAGCCCCCCGAGAAGGCGGCGAACCCCCCCGCGGCCCCCGGCUACCGCUCGCCCCCGGGGCUGGGCGGCCGCACCAGGCUGAUGAGCAGCUCGCAGGAGCUGCUGGGGGACGGCCCGCGGGCCCCCCCGGCCUCCGCCAUCUCCAAGAGCCAGGAGUACCUGGCGGAGGGGGCUGGCGAGGGCCCCCCCGCGCCGCCCAAGGAGGGUCGCCCGCCCCGCCCCGCCAAGCCCCUCUCGCCCGGCGCGCAGCCCCAGCAGGUCCCGGUGAAGCCGCCUCGCUCCGCCAUCACCGGUCCCUCCGUCGACAGCGCCGGCCCCGAGCUGGCGCAGCAGAAGCUGGAGGAGACGAGCGCGUCCCUGGCCGCCGCGCUGCAGGCCGUGGAGGAGAAGAUCAAGCAGGAGGACAGUCAGGCGGCAGACUCAGCCAUGGAGUCGAAGAGCACCGUGAGCAUCCUGGACGACAUCGGCAGCAUGUUCGACGACCUGGCGGACCAGCUGGACGCCAUGCUGGAAUGA